AUGAAGGCUAGUCUUGAGAAAAAGAAGCAUACCAUUAAAUCAUCAACACUCUAUGAAAAUAUUUCAUCAACAUUACAACCGCACAAGCUUUCCAAAAUACGAUGUGUUGCAUUGGGAUCACCAAGUCAGGAGGAACCUGCUCUAUACCAACUCGCAUUAUUGUUAAUUAUAGUUGAAGAAAACUCCAUUGAAAGCCAAAAUGUUUCGUUAUAUGACCCAGUAUUCACACCAUUAGAUAUUGAUUUCUUCAAGUCGUUAAAUUUCGAAGUUUCAGAAGACUAUCUACCCAAAGAUGAUGAAGCCACUUUAUUCUUUUUGCCCCAUGCACCAUUAAACCUCACAAAUUCGGUCAUUUUGUCACAAAAUCCUAAACUGUUGUUGUCGAAUAACAUUCAAACACAUACUGAACGUUUAACAAAACUUGAACUUUUCGAAAAAUAUCCAAUCAUGUCGAAGCUUGUGAAUCUUUUACAACCACAAGGUGAUAAAACUGAUGGGUUUGAAGCAGUCGUCAAGAAGAAAAGUAGGAAAUCCCAAAGAAAUAAGUUUGUUGAACCAACAAUAGACUAUUCAAAGAUUGAUUCAUAUUUCGAAAAUAUUGAAAUAAUAAGCUUCAAAGAUUUCGAAGAAGGUGAAUGGUUGAACUCAUUCACAGACCUUGCAUUCCAUAGAAUUUCAUAG